AUGACUAAACAGACGGUAUUCAUCUCUGGCGGAAACCGUGGCAUUGGUUUCUCGCUUGUUAAAGCCUUUGCCCAAGAAGCUGACACCACUGUUUUUACCACCGCAAGAAAUCCAGACAGCGCUACAGAGCUUCAAAAGCUGUCAAAGAGCUCUGGAAACAUCCACAUCGUUAAGCUCGACGUGAACAGCGAGGAGAGUAUUCAAGCGGCUGAAGCGGCCAUCGCUGCGAUCACCAAGGAAAUUGACAUUUUCAUCUCCAACAGUGGUAUCGCUGAUUUCGACGGGUAUGCGCUAAACACGAAGAGGCCAAACUGGAUCAAACACUACACGACCAACACACUUGGCCCUAUCCUCUUGUUUCAAGCCUUGUUCCCGCUAAUUGAGAAGGGCAAGCUGAAGAAGGCGUUCUUUAUCUCUUCCGAGGCUGCUUCUUUCCAGCUUGAGCUUCCAAUUCCCACAGCCGCGUACGGCCAGUCCAAAGCUGCACUCAACUACACUGUCAGAGAGCUUGCUCUUGACCUGAAGAAGGACGGGUUCACUAUUGCACCUUUUCACCCUGGUGUUGUUGAUACCGACAUGGCAAAAAAAGGUGCUGUGAAGCUGGGCGCGCUUGACCCAAAAUCUGCCAGUCUGUUUGACCCAGCGAACGUGAUCACGCCAGACCAGAGUGCCAGUUAUCUGAAGAAGCUCAUCGAGGGGCUCAAGCCUGAGGACACUGGUAAGUUUUUUGCCUACGACGGCAGCGAAAUACCAUGGUAG